CUGCCGGCAAAUGCAACCGACCGCCCUGCAAGGCGAGGGCUGAAGCCAAGAAGCGCGGAACGCCUCAGUACAGGGGCUCGCUUUAACUACUGGGGUACUGUACUGUACAGGACAUACCGUACAUACAUACAGUAGGGUCACGUCACUAGCGCUCCAAAUGUCAGCCGCCAAUCGCCAACCACAAAUCAACGAAGAUCCAUCCACAUGCGACUCGACAAAUAAAUCUGAAUAAACAAUAAACAAAGCCACACUACAAGUCAAUACUUUCGUCAUUCAUUACGGGAUAAACCCGUUGAAGCACCAACGCAAGGACUGAUGGGAAUGUCUUCAACAACAUCCACCAGCGCCCUGUCGCGCACGCGCUCGUUGCGCAAACCGACCAAGACGGAGACGACGGGCUCCAGCGGUGAGGCGCGCAAUGUGUCGCCCAGCAGACUGCCCGUCAAGGGAGGACAGGAUCAUCCAGGUGUGGCAACGACCGGAGCAACUCGCACGACUAGGAAUGCCACCAUUGGUCCCGGUGCGACCAGAAGCAAUCGCCCCGUGUCGGGAGUAUUUGCCCGCAUCAGCUCAACAACAUCAACAUCAUCGCGCCCGCGAGAGGAGGACUCCCCCGGCGGGCCAAAGACAUCAUCACCCCCGGGUCGCCCGACGCGAGCGGCGUCCAUUUGCCAGUCGUCGGCGUCCACCCGGUUAUCUAGCGGUGUACCAGCAGCGAGGCCGACCACUUCCUCUGGAGUCCCGGCGUCUCGACGGACUGCUUCGGGUGCCGGUCCCGGAAUCCGCCACACGCGCGCCAAGUCCUCCGUGACGACCCUGUCCAGCACCACCACCCUCCGCCCGCCGCCUCAGACAUGUGCCACUACCAGCACAUCCACUGCUGUGCUGCCAGACCGCUCCCGGCCGCCUCUGACCAGCCUUACGCGACGCAGCCCGGCUUCCGGAGCUACGCCGCCUUCCCCAACAGCAACCACCAGCUCGCGACGCCCCCUUUCCACUUCCUCCUUGCCAGGACCACCGAAACUAUCGCAACCUGGCAAGCAGCUCGGCAAGCCCCUGCCCCGUCCUCCCUCCCAGUCCUCUUCCACCACUACCACCACCACCACCACCACCACCACCACCACCACCACCACUAGCAACUCUACCGCCACUCCUACUAAAACCACCGCCAAUAACAACAACAACAACAACAACAACAAACCCGCCGCAGCCGCCACCACCAGACCGGCCUUCACGACCCACCAGCAGUCCUUCACCCCGCUCAAGCCUCCGGCGCCCAAGCCGCCGACCGCCGCCUUCCUCGCCCCGCCCUCGCCCUCCAAGCUGCCGGCCAACGUGGCCCUCUCGGCCGAGACGGCCCGCCUCCAGGCCGAGCUGCUGCAGCUGCACCUGCUGCACCGCGCCGCCGACGGCACCCGCCGCGCCUGGGCGGACAGCGCCCGGGCCGCCCUCGCCGCGCGGUUCGACGCGCUGCGCGCGCAGGCCGACGCCGCGGCCGCGGCCGAGUGCGCCCUGGAGGAGGCGAGAGCGGUCGCCGUCCUGAGAGAAUGGGGCGGCGCCCCGCCGACGGGGGCGAGCCUGGAGGAGAAGAUUGCCGGGCUGGACGAGGUGCUCACGGGCUUGUGGGGGGUCGGGGAGCCCGGGGGCAAGUACGAGAGGGUCGUGCGGGGAUUUGAAGGGUGGGCUGGGCAGGUGGAGAGGGUCGUCGAGAGUCGACGGAAUCGGGGGCGCCUACACCCGUCGCGACGCACUUCGCGAGAGCAGUCGGAUGGGCGUGAAGACGGCGGGGAGGAGGACGAGGAGCAGCAGCAGCGGCGGCGGCAGCGGCAGCAGCAGGAAAAGGAGGAGGAAGGGGAGGAGAUGGAGGAUAUCUUCAUACCCGCGCCGUCGGCCGCCUGGAAAGCAGAGCACGCCGCCCUCCUGCGCCGGGUCGAGGAGUGGCGCAGGAAGCUGCACGAGCUGGGCGACGCGCCCCCGCCUGAAGAAGGCGAGCCGCCCUCCAGCCUGGGCAGGAUCCUCGCCGGGUGCCGCGCGUUGGCGGACGGGAUGCUGGCCGAGCUGGAGCUCAUGGAGCAGAUCGAACGGGAGGCGGCGGCGGAUGAGAUGGCGUGGGUCAAGGAGAUGAACCGGUUAGACUCGGACGUGGCGGAUGAGGGGGCGACCCCGAGACCGACGGCGGGCGCCAUCUGGAGGGUUCUGUGAGAGGAAAGAAACGAAAAAGAGAAAAAGAGAAGCUGGCCUGUGUGCUAUAUUGUAAUAAUCAAGUGAAGCGGCCUUUCGGGGGCUUGUACUGCUUAAAGACUGAAAGGUGACGUUUAAGGCCUGGCUGAAUAGAAAUGAGCCCCAGGUAAUGUGUAUUCCACUAAAACGUCCGCUCCUUGUCUGCAGCUUCACAGGUUCUCCUAUUUUGCUCUUUCUUUCCUCUUUAUCUUCCCGUUCUUGUAUGAAUA